AUAUUGGCUGACCUAGAAAACCAUGUGCUUUUUAAGGAUGACCUAGAAUGCCAGAAGCUUAUUCUGGAAGCCAUGAAAUACCAUCUUUUACCAGAGAGAAGAACUCUCAUGCAAAGUCCGAGAACUAAGCCUAGAAAAUCUACAGUUGGGACACUUUAUGCUGUUGGAGGAAUGGAUAACAACAAAGGUGCUACAACUAUUGAAAAGUAUGAUCUCAGAACAAAUAUAUGGAUUCAGGCUGGAGUGAUGAAUGGAAGGAGGCUGCAGUUUGGUGUUGCUGUUAUCGAUGACAAACUAUUUGUCAUUGGAGGCCGGGAUGGUUUAAAGACAUUAAACACUGUUGAAUGUUACAAUCCAAAGACCAAAGCUUGGACUGUGUUACCACCAAUGUCAACACAUAGGCAUGGCUUAGGAGUUACAGUGCUUGAAGGGCCUAUUUAUGCAGUGGGAGGACAUGAUGGUUGGAGUUAUUUGAAUACAGUUGAGAGGUGGGACCCUCAAAGUCAGCAGUGGACAUUUGUGGCAAGUAUGUCAAUUGCCAGAAGCACUGUUGGAGUAGCAGCAUUAAAUGGCAAGUUAUAUUCAGUUGGAGGUCGGGAUGGAAGUUCAUGUUUAAGUUCAAUGGAAUAUUAUGAUCCUCACACAAAUAAAUGGAAUAUGUGUGCUCCUAUGUGUAAGAGAAGAGGAGGUGUAGGAGUGACUACAUGUGAUGGCUUUCUUUAUGCAGUUGGAGGUCAUGAUGCUCCUGCUUCUAAUCAUUGUUCCCGACUGCUGGACUAUGUAGAAAGGUAUGAUCCAAAAACUGAUACAUGGACAAUGGUGGCUCCACUGAGUAUGCCUCGAGAUGCUGUUGGUGUCUGUCUCCUUGGUGACAAAUUAUAUGCAGUAGGUGGCUAUGAUGGCCAAACAUACCUGAACACCAUGGAAGCAUAUGACCCUCAAACUAAUGAAUGGACACAGAUGGCUUCCCUAAAUAUUGGAAGAGCUGGUGCCUGUGUUGUAGUCAUCAAACAACCAUGACUUUGUCAGCACUGCUUAGGAUUUUAUUGACUGUGAAAUGAUUAUUUUUCUAUCAGACAAUGGGAAUGAUAACUUCAUGAGAACAAGGAUUUAGACAGUGAAUACUGUGUUGAUCACAAACUUAAAGAAGUUUGGAAGUGAGAAAGAUUAAGUACUUAUGUCCUAUAAAAUCAUAAAAACUGUUCACAGUCAAUGAACAAGAAAAAAAAUCAGGCUGUUGUAGGCGUAAAUAUGUGAAUGUGGAGUAGUAAGUUCAGGUAUUGCUCUCAUGAAUGUGUCCUGGAGAACUGGAUAAUUAAGGAAUGGCUCUACACAAG